ACGUCAGAAAAGGGUGUUCUUGUUUUGAAAGAAAAAAGGGACGGCACAGCACGGAAAGUGAAAAGUUAGAAUUCUGCGUGUGCCCUACUAGCCCGUGUGUGCCGCGCGGAAAAUGAUUGCGUAAAGUUUUCCCCCGAUUCGCGCGACCAUAAGCGUGGUGCUGGUUUGUGUUUAGUGUUGUUGUGCAUCGGUUUUUGCAGCCCGCAACUGUGUGUUGCCUUCCCUGCUAGGGGGGUUUGCGACAUCAUCCGCCCCGUUUUUUUCAGCCCACACCAGUGUCUGCCACUCGCGCCUACGCCGUAACAUGUCGUUUUCCUUCAAUCCGCUCGGGCCGGGGCUGCAUCCAAUGCAUCCACUCCUGUCCGGGGGUGGUGGUUUUCUUACCGCCCAGCAGCUCGGGGCUCCACCGCCCACGCCCGCAAAUGCCGCCCUGCUAGCCGGCAUCAACAACAAACCGCUCGAGUUUAAGCUGAAACCGGUCCAGAACGGUUCCGGCGCGGCACCGAUGGAGCUGGAAACGGUGGCCGAGCGGGAAGCGAUCAAGGACCACGGUGGCAAUGCGUUGGCCGCCAUGGAAAAGGCUCGCGAGGAUAGCAUCAGCAAGAAGAUGCUGGAAGAGCUGCACAAGCAGCACCAAACUGCACAGCUGCAGCAUGCGAACGGUGGCGAGCUCGUGUUCAACCAGCUGCUCCAGCAGCACCAGUCUGCCGCCGCCGCCGCCCACCACCACCACGGUUUCAUGAUGAUGCCGGGCGUGAUGAACAUGGUCGACGGCACGUCCCUGAUCAGCAUGCAGCCGUUCCAAAUGAUGGCCCCCGGGGCGGAACUGUCCAGUGCGCUCGGUGGAACCGCCGCCACCGCUCAAUCAGUGGCCGGCGGAGGUGGUGGUAGUGGUGGUGUUGGUGUUCCGAGUGCGACCGCACCGAGCGCCGCCACCAACGCGGAAAAGCCACCGGCCACGGCGAAGGAAAUUAUUUACUGCAAAAGCUGCACCCUGUUUCCGCCGAACCCGAACGCGCCGGCACCGAAAACGAUCGAGCGACCGCCCGGCUGCCGGACGGUGUUCGUCGGCGGCCUGCCCGCCGGCAUGACCGAGGAGGUGAUGCGUGAAAUCUUCGAACGGUGCGGUGAGAUCACGACCCUGCGGCUGUCGAAGAAAAACUUCUGCCACAUCCGGUACGUGUACGAGGCGUCGGUCGAUUCGGCCAUCUAUCUGUCCGGCUAUCGGGUGAAGAUCGGCAGCAACUUCACGUACGGUGGCGGUGGCAGUGCGGAGCCGAAGGAGCCCCCGAUCUUUGGCGUGCUGCACGUGGACUAUGCGCAGGCCCGCGACGACCAGUACGAGUACGAGUGUAAGCAGCGCAAGCUGCAGCGCGAAAAGCGCCACCGGGAGCGGCUGGAGGAGGACCGGUUCCGGUCGCUGUCGCCGCAGCCCGUCGUGCACUAUACGGAGCACGAGGCCGGCUCGGUCGCGGAGCGGCUGAAGAACGACGAAACGUUCGCGAAGGCGGUGCAGACGCUGGUGACGUGGCUGGAGCGGGGCGACUGCAGCAAGAAGAACGCGAACAACUUCUACUCGAUGAUACAGAGCACCAACUCGCACGUCCGCCGGCUGCUGAGCGAGAAGAGCGUGUGCGACGAGGAGCUGAAGCGGGCCCGGGAGCAGUACCGGCGGCAAACGAAGGGCAUGCUAGCACAGUUCAGUCAGAUUGAAAAAGUUUUCAAUGCGGCCAGUCACAAGAAGGUUUGGGAUCAUUUUACUAAAGCCCAAAGAAAAAACAUCGAUGCGUGGAAGAAGCAGUCACUGGACAUAAAAUGUGUACAGCUGGAUGAUUUCCCCGAUGAGGAUGGGAUGGACAUGUCCGAUGACGAUCAUUCUGUCUCCUCGCUGCCAUGCAAAAAGGCUCGCUGGGAGCAGGAUCAUAAGGACCACGCGGUCGAUACGGAUCGGGGCACGGCGGACAGUGCUGCCGAGCAUCAGUCCCUGCACGACAGCGAGCUCAAGAUGAAGAUCCUGCACAUUGAGGUGCUGCAGGAAACGAUCCGCAACCUGCAGACCCAGCUGCUCGAAAACAAAGCCAAAGAGACGGAACGCCAGAACCGCAUCUGCGAGCUGGAGGACGAGCUGAAGGAUGCGAACGUGAAGCAGCUGCUGCUGAAGACGAAAAUAGCCACCAGCAAGGCGGCCGCAUCCAGUGCCGCGAGCGUAUCGUCCUCGGGCAAGGGCGGUGACUCGGAGAGCGAAGAGUGUCCCGCGGUCCAUUUGCCGGACGGCGCCCCGCUGGCCACGCCGGUGGAAAUGGUAAGCAAAGCGACGGAAACGGCCGCUGCCGAUGAUGGGCCGACGGUGCCGGUGGUGCCGAACGAGCGGGAAGCCAAAAUGCUUGCCUUCGCCUCAACGUUUCUUAUGAUCAACCCGCACGGUGCACCGUUCGAGCAGGUCUGGGCGUACGUCGGUCGGUAUGUGAACGAGAUGAAGCCAAAGGAGCUGGAGGAUAUGUUUGCCCGCUACCGGCAGCUGUUCGAGCGGUGCAAUGCACCGGCUAGUGGCGAACAGCAGGGGCCGGGCGACGGGCAGAAUGCCAGCGGUAUCCCAUCUAGUCCCUGCUAUAGAUUUAUUGCCCACACGGCACCCGCAGUACAGUAAGGCAAAUAGCUCGCUUCUAAAGCUUGCCGAGAGAUGUUAAUUUAGUAAUAAGUUUUUUUUUUUCUCUUGUUGUUGUUGCUUUUAUUCAGCUUUACCUUUGAACAAUCAUUGUGGCGUGGUGGAUGUUGCAAAAUUGUAACAGUCAAAUUUUACUUCAAUUGACAACGUGUUGUGUACCGUGUUGGUACCACGUGUUGUGCACCGUAUAUACCACGUGCUGGUACUUAGAACUCUGUGCUGCUGCUUUAAGAAAAGCAGCACAAUAUAUUGUGUUCCUUUUAUUUUUCUUUAAAAAAGAACUCAUUUAAUUAUAAUAAGACACUCAUGAUAAUUGUUGUACACCUGUUUGCUGAUCCCAAUCGCUUUUUAUUUAUAAUAUCUGGGCAGACACAUAAAACAAAACCAGUGAUCUCGUUCGGCAAAUCAAAACCAAAGAGGCCGAAAUAAUACAGCGUAAUACAAAACGAAGGUGCUUUUUAACCGGCUGGUUUUAUACUCACAGCAGUCAAUAAUACUCGCAUGUGUAUGCUGGGGUGUAGACCUGGGUACUACAAAAUACGCCCGCUUAAACUCUCUAUAGUACCUUCGUGUACUACACUCAUUAGUAGCAAGCUCUCCAUUUUUAUAUAUCAUCAAUCUUACCAAUGUCUUCCUCGUUCGAGUGCGCAUACACUUCGGUGCACCUAAUAUAGUUCAGUAAAAGUAAAAGUAAAAAAAAAAACAAAAAAGCAAAAAACAAAUCGAAAGUGCGUGACGUUAUGUUUUAUCUCUCGCACACUUACCAAAUCAAAAGUGUGUAUGUUUUUGAUGCGGGAAAGUGAAUUAUUGUAAAAAAAAAGGGAAAUGAGAAUGAUAACGAAAAAAGAAUGAUUGAUAAUACUCGGUUUCAAUUGAAUUUAGAAAAUCAUCAGUCAGAAUAGGAAAAAAGCUAGUUUAUGCGUUUUCGUAAGCAUCUUGAAAACUUUACCUGUAGACCAAAACAAAAGAUGGCCAUUUAAUUUAUUGCGGAACCGGACAGGAAAAGCGUAAAAUAGUUUUACCUAAUUUUUGAAAUCCAUAGCUGUGUAUAUGUUUGUGAUGUGGUGUAAAAGCAUGCAAUGCAAGGAAGUGGUUUGUUGCAUCUUGUUGUCUUGUUUAAGUGUCAUUACUCCUCGUGUUCGUUUAACGGUCAUGCUCGAUUAGGUGCACUUCGUUUUUUUUUGAAAUAAUUUCUCUCUCUCCUAAUGUCAACCUUAUUAUUCUUUAAUUUUUAGUGUGAAUAAUGAAUCAUUCAACAUAUUUAUUACCGUAUUGUUAGUGCAAAAUUUUUAAACAAUGCAAUUAGUGCAAUGUUAUUGUUCGUUUUCUUCUACCAAAAACAUAUUACUCGUAACGGAUGGUGUAUGUACAAUGGCUAACAUACGUAAAACACUAUUACCUUUUUUAGGCAUUAGGUCAUUUUUGUAUUUGUCAGACGAACAGCAGCAAAAAAAAACAAAAAACAAAACAUAACAAUUAAAAUACUCAUUUAUUACUACUACUAUUACUACUACCCAACACAGCCUUUAAGGUGUUGUUGAUAAGCACUGCUGUGUGAUUGUGUCUAUUAUUAUAGUUCCGGUUUUUCCCGCCCGUCUGCCUGAAGCAUAUAAAUAUGCCCCCUUUGAAAAAAGUGAAAACGACCCGCAACGUUGCGGGACUUACACACGGUGUUUAAAAGCAAUGCAAACAACUGACGCAAAAAAAAACACACACAACAACCCAUGUACUUUUCAUAACUAUACAGCCGACAUUGAAUACUUUUAAGAAAGUGUCAUUUUAAAAACGCAUACUCUUUAUUGUCAAUUAUCGUGUUAUAAACUACAAUACAUAAUGAGAGAGGAUGAGAGUGAAGGAAAAUGAAAGUAAUAAGUAAAAAAAAAAACAAUAGCGAAAAAGCUUCGUUCGCG